CCGCCCGCCCGCCCUCCUGUUCGGUGCCAUUCUGCACCUGCACCCGCCCCCUUCGCACAGCCAUACUCGCCCGCGCGCACCCAGCUGCCAUGAGUCCCCCCGUCCCCCCUGGCACCACCGUCCAGGCAUCCAAGCGCCUCCUGCGGCAGCACCUCCGCCAGGGUCUGAUGGCCGGGGCUGCCAAUGUGCAGCAACGCCGGUCCGACACUCUUGGCGCGGCUGCUCGAGCAGCCCGAAAUCCCCCAGGCCCGCAAUGUGGCCAUCUAUUGUGCGGACGCCGGGGAGCAGCGCGGCGAGGUAGACACCGACACCCUGGCGGCCACCCUGCUGGCGGCCGGCAAGCGCCUGUUUGUCCCGUAUGUCUGGCCGCCGGGGGCCACCGACGCCGGGGGCCUGGCCAGCGGCUGCCGCAUGGACAUGGUCCGGGUCCGAGACCUGGAGGCCUGGCGCGCGCUCCCGGUCGGGCGCUGGGGCAUCCGCGAGCCGAUCAUCGACCGCGACACGGAGUUCGCUUACUCGGCCGCAGGCGAUCCCACCCCACUGGACCUCAUCAUCAUGCCCGGGCUUGGUUUCGACGCCCAGGGCGGGCGCAUCGGCUUCGGACGCGGCUAUUACGACGAGUAUGUGCGCUUCUGCGAUCGGUGGGCCGACGCCCGCGGCACGCCACGGCCGCGCCUCCUGGCCAUGUGCCUGCCGGAGCAGCUGGUCCCCGAGACAAUGCCCCGCGAGGAGCACGAUCACCGGCCCGUGGAUCGGGUCAUCCUUCUGCCGCCGCGCCAGAUGGGUCCCCUCUGA